CCUGCAAAGAUCAGCUUUUUCGCAGCUAUUCGCUAAACCCCUGAAUCCUAAAACCCUCCAUUGCCACUGUUAGUUUGCUUCUCUCUGGAGGCUUCAAAAUUGCCGGGAAACCAACGGUACUGUAAACCCUAGUUCCCGCAGCAUUUAUUUUUCCUAUAGCGACGGAUUUAGGAAAAUUUCCCGGGAAACAAAAGAGAGCGGCUCCUUAAAAUCUCUGAAUACCGUUCCUUUUCCAUGCUUAGCAAAUGGAGGAAACCUCUUCAUUCUCCCUUAAAUUUGCAAAUUCUGGCAUCAGUUUCUUCUUUUAUAUUGUCUAAACCCCCCUCUGUAUCCACCGCUGCAAGUCUUGCUGAUGAGCCUACCACCUCCUCCGUCGCCCCCGACUCUGGAGAGACUGUUCGCGUGAUUCUCUCUGGUCUUAGGUGCUUAGGUUUAAGGAGAUUUGUCAAUAGGUAUUAUUUUAAAAACCUGAUUUCGAUGCUGAAUUGUUCUCAGGUUGAUCAAAUAUUAGAGUAUUUGAGUGUUGAAAAUGCGGAUUCUGCGGUAGAUUUCUUUCAUUUAUUGAGGAAUGAAUUUGGGUUCCGACACUCGAGAUUUUCAAAGUUUGUCGUCUUACAUGUAUUGGCGAGAAAAAGGCAAUUAAAGGAACUGCGUCUGGUUAUGGAUCAAAUGCUGCUAGAGGAAGGCUCUGGGUCAGCUCCUGUGCUUUGCGAGCUGCUUUUGAGUGGCUUUAGGAGAUGGGAUUCAAGUAAUGUCGUGUGGGAUGUGUUGGCCUGUGCUUAUUCAAGAAGUGAGAUGGUUCAUGAUGCACUCUUUGUUCUUGUGAAGAUGAAAGACUUGAACUUGGUAGCUUCAAUACAAACCUACAACAAUCUUUUGUAUAAGCUGAGACACACUAAUAUCAUGUGGGAUGUGUAUAAUGAAAAAAAAAUCAGUGGAACGCCUCAGAGUGAGUACACUACUUCCAUAAUUAUAGAUGGCCUAUGCAGGCAAUCUAGGUUUCAAGAUGCAGUUUUGUUCUUGCGGGAUAUUGAAGGGAAGGAAUUUGGGCCUUCUGUUGUUUCAUUCAAUACUAUUAUGUCGAGGUCCUGUAAAUUGGGUUUUGUAGAUGUUGCAAAGUCAUUUUUCUGUUUGAUGUUCAAGUGUGGACUUCUUCCUGAUGCAUACAGUUAUAAUAUUCUUAUUAAUGGAUUAUGUGAAGCUGAGUCCAUGGAAGAAGCAUUGGAGUUCACAGAUGAUAUGGAGAUGCAUGGGGUAGAGCCUGAUAUAGUAACUUACAACAUUCUUGCAAAAGGGUUUUGUCUGCUUGGUUUUAUGAGUGGGGCCUGGAAGCUCAUUCAGAAGAUGUUAAUUAAAGGGCUAAAUCCAAAUCUUGUUACAUACACUAUACUGAUUUGUAGGUACUGCCUGGUAGGCAAUAUUGAGGAAGCAUUAAAUUUGCGAAAAGAGAUGAUUUCACAGGGUUUUCAAUUGAAUAUCAUCUCAUACACAGUGUUGCUCAGCUACUUGUGUAAAAGUGGACGGGUUGAUGAGGCAUUGCAAUUGUUUUGUGAAAUGGGAGCUGAUGGCUUGCAACCAGAUAUUGUAUCCUAUUCAGUCCUCAUUCAUGGCCUGUGCAAGCGAGGAGAUGUUCAACAGGCUAUCCAGCUGUAUAGUGAAAUGUGCUUGAAUGGAAUCUUUCCAAAUUCUGUUACACACGGUGCAAUUCUGAUGGGUUUUUGUGAGAAAGGGAUGAUACCAAAAGCUAGAAUGUAUUUUGAUUCUCUGAUAAAUAGCAGCUUGACACUUGACAUCACUCUGUAUAAUAUUAUGAUUGAUGGGUAUGUAAAAGUUGGUAAUAUUGGGGAGGCAGUAAAAUUAUACAAACAAAUAGGAGAGAAAGGCAUGUCUCCUACUAUAGUCACUUUCAAUUCCCUUAUUUAUGGAUUCUGCAAAAACAGAAAGGUAGAUGAGGCUAGAAAGUUGUUGAAUAUAAUAAAGCUGUCCGGAUUAGAACCAAGUGCUGUAACUUAUACCAUUCUUAUGAAUGCAUAUUGUGAUGAAGGAAAUAUGCAGAAUUUGCUUGAGCUGCUACCAGAAAUGGAAGCAAAAGCUAUAGGACUUACUCACAUAACAUACACCGUAGUAAUCAAAGGACUUUGCAAACAACGGAAGUUGCAAGAAUCUUGGGUACUUCUCGAAGAAAUGUAUGCUAAAGGUCUAACCCCAGAUCAAAUCACAUAUAAUACCGUCAUCCAAGCAUUUUGCAAGGCCAAAGACAUGAUAAAAGCGUUUCAAUUAUUUGAUAAGAUGCUAAUGCAUAACCUUGAGCCUACUUAUGCUACAUAUAAUAUUCUCAUCAAUGGCCUUUGUGUAUAUGGUGAUCUGAAGGAUGCUGACAAUCUAUUGGUUUCUCUUCAGGAUAAAGAAAUCAAUCUAAAUAAAAUUGCUUACACUACAAUGAUCAAGGCACAUUGUGUCAAGGGUGAUGCUAAUAAAGCAGUGAUGUACUUCCAUCAAAUGGUGGGAAAGGGGUUUGAAGUUUCUAUCAGAGAUUAUAGCGCUGUAAUUAGCAGAUUAUGCAAGCGACAUUUAGCGACUGAAGCCAAGUACUUUUUCUGCUUGAUGCUGUCUUAUGGUGUUUCUCCUGAUGAAAAAAUUUGUAAAAUGAUGCUUAAUGCCUUCCACCGAUGCGGCCAUCUCAAUUCAGUGUUUGAACUGCUGGCAGAGAUGAUUAAGUUUGGCUUAGUUUGUGAUUAGUCAAUGAAAAGGUAACCAUUGUCUUGCAUCUUGUUGAUGGACAGAGCGGUAUGAUGGCUUAUUGUGAAUCUUCAGUGCAUUUUCCCUGCAUGAGGGGAGUGCAUAUAUGCAUGAAGAAAAAGUUCACAUCAUUUAAAGACAAUGUGGGGAGAUACUCAUGGAACCUUGAAAUCACAGGAGUAUUUUGACAACAUCCAUCAGUUUGACAUUUUGGUUCAUAAUAUCAACCUUGAUACUAUCUCUGGCUAGAAUAUCACAGCACGCACUGCCAGUUUAAGAGUCAACAAUUUCAAGUGCUUGUAUAUAAUCCCGGAAAGCACAGGAAAGCUUGUGUAUAGAAUUGUUUCCGACCUUUCCUUUGCAAAGUAUUCAAGGAAUAGAAAGUCAUGAGACAGGUAAGUUAAUUUGAUCACUUGCUCCAUAUGUGUGUACUAUGUUACAAUAUUGCUGGUUUUGUUUUUAAGUGAAACGCUUCAAAGAAUUGUCAUUCUCUUCUAUUCCAAGUAUGCAAAUAAUCUUCCUGCUGUAUAACAUGCUUGUUCUUUAUGAAAAAAACUUUUACAGUUCUAGACAUUUAAAAAAUGACACUGGUUAUUAUAAUUCAAAUCUCAAUAGAGGAAAGCAGAUGAUAUCUGCUACCUAGUAUAACAACAUCAUACGGCUGCAAGAUCACCUGUCACAUUACAAUGCAAAUGCAUAUCCUUUGUAAUCCCUUACUUUCUACCCUUCAACUAUUAGGCAUGCACCAUUGAACUCAUUCAAUAGCCAUUUUAUUUUUAUUUCUUUAUCAAAGUUAUGGAAGAGUCUUGAUGCAACAAUAAGGUUGCUCUAUUGAGAGGACAUAGUUUCAGAAUUACGGUAAGUAUUCAGUUAACCAAACAGAAUUAGAUUUUGGAUAACCGCAUUUUAACCGACUAUAGAAUUACUAACCAAACUAAGCUGAAAUAUUCUGUUGGUUAUUAGUUAUAACUGAAUUAACCAAAAUAUUAUACUCCCUACGUCCCAUAAUUUUUGUGCACUUUGCUUUUUUACAUAUAUUAAGAAAUAUAAUUUAUUUAUUAACUUUCAAUUAUAUCCAUCUUAAAUACAUUAAGUUUUAUUAAAUAUUAAGAGAUGUUUUAGAAGGUGAUGUUCUGAGAUCCAGAAAAUAGGGUUUACAGUGGUUGUGUAAGUUUGGAAGGAGAAGAAGACAUUCCUCCCCUUUUAUCCCUUUUCCUUUUGUCUUCUAGUGACGUCUAACCGCUUCUCUGCUAAAGUGCCACUUGUCUCUGUCACUCAGAUCUGUACGUACGGAUGUGUCAGAGCCUCUCUCCACGCCAGGCGGCCAUUUAAUUUCUCCUGGCGCGCAUGCGAGCAGGGCUGCGAGGUGACUGGGUCUGCUCUCCUGCCUCUUGUCACAUCAUCGGGCUAGGCUUUUCUUGUACGGGCCCAUUCGCGUGGCCUGUCCAGCCCGCUUCACGUUAUCGGGUUGAGAUCCGCAGCGUGAGGCCGAUUCCCUUGAGUGAGGCCUGAUGGGCCUUGGGCUAGUGUUCUUCUUCAGGGCUUGGCCUUGCCCCCAUGUGUAGGAAGCCCGACGGUCAUUAAGUGCCCCUUUACCUCCUCAGCAGUUGUUACAUGAAUAAUGAGGGGGUAAAUCCCUAGGACCCAUUAUGACCGUGCGGCCCGAGAACGGCUCCUGUCAAAACGUCCUUUCCUUACCUUUACUUUUUUCAAAUUUAAAAUCCCAAUUUUUCUCUAGACUCUUCUUCUCGCUCUGCUCUCUGUGCGCUUUCUUCCUCUCAUCUUCUGCAAAAAUCUCUUUGAGGUACGUCUCUUGCUCUCUAAUGGCUUCUUCUAGACUUCCGGAUGUCGUGAAUCUGAAAUCUAACAUCACCCCUUCUUCGCUUUCCAAUUUUUUUUCCCGGGAGUACCUAAAUGCCCCCCCUCUUCCGUAUUAGGGCUCCUCUUCGUAACGAGAGGAUUGUUCUUCCUAUUCCUCCUCCCCCUCGUCUGAUUGACCCCCAGAGGGAUUGUAGCUUGGUUUUCUUUGUCAAGCAACGCAAGUUUGGCUUGACCUUCCCUUUUUCCCUAUUUUUCGUUGAGGUCUUUCGUUAUUUCGGGUAACUCCCCGUAUGCUUGCUCCCAACUCCAUCCUCUUCAUGUGCUCUUUCGAGUUUGUUAGUCUGUGUUGGGGUUUCUCCCCUUCGGUUGCCCUGUUAUCUACUUUCUUUCGCUUGGUCCGGGCUAGCCAAGACUUCUAUUAUUUUGCCACCUGAGGAGAGUUGUCUAUCUUCUCGGGUCAUAAAGACUCUAUUAAGGGCUAAGCUGAAAGUUUUGCCGUGGUGGAGCUGAAGGAAGGCCCUUGGGUGUUUUGUGAGGUAGACCUCUCCUGGAGAGAUGUGCCCCCGGGCUGCGACGACCUUCCUCAGCUGUCCAUUUUUUAACAGAUUUGCCUUCUCAGACUUAUCUCUGUUUUUCGGAAGUGUGAUGUUGAGAAGUGCAUGUUCGUGUCCAGUCUUCAGGACUGUCGGGAUGCGGCUUUUGACUUCUCGAUAGAGCAAAUCAAGCCACCGAGGAACUACACACUGUCCCGGGAGAACAUGAAGGCUACCCUGGAGGCUUUCUGGACUGGUCGAUCUGUGACCGAGGCGACUCGAGAGAUCGCAUGUGCUCUUGGGCUGCAACGACCUUCCUCAACUGUCCCUUUCUGAACAGAUUUGCCUUCUUAGACUGACCUCUGUUUCUCGAAAGUAUGAUGUCGAGAAGUGCAUGUUCGUGUCCAAUCUUCAAGACUGCCGGGAAACGGCUUCUGACUCUCCGAUGGAGCGAAUCAAGCCACCGAGGAACUUCACAGUUCACCCUGUCCCGGGAGAACAUGAAGACUGCCUUGGAGGCUUUCCGGAUUGGUCGAUCUGUGACCAAGCGACUCGAGGGAUCGCUCAUGCCAUUUCUCCUCGGGCAAUUGGCUGAACUGUUCCUCCUACCCCUUCUUCGUCUCAGACCUUGAUGCCAGCUUCCAGGGACUCCCGCUCCAGUGCUUCUAAGGCCUCUGCUCGUAGCAGGACUCCCAUUUCUUUCAAAUCACCUACUGCUCCCAAGCCCAAAUCGACUUCCACUCCGGUCUCCCAGGAGCCCAUCACUAUCGAAGAGUCUACGGAGGGUGGCUUCAAGGGAGGGGCUGAGGUCGUCCCUUCUGCGCCUUGUCCCAAACAGGCCGCUGUCAGUGGCGGUAUUGUGAUCAAGGAGGCUGCUGGUAAGUGAGCUCCACCUACAGAGGUCCCUCCUGAGGGUUAGGCCUCCAAAAGGGUUCGUGCGGCCAAGUCGCCCGAGGUCACUCUCCCUCCUCCUGCUGAGAGAAGGAAGCAGACUGCGGAGCUGUUGUCUUCUGCUCCUGACAACGAGCUCCUUAAUGCUGUGGAGAUAACUCCUGGGUCCACGGCGACCUCUGUUGCCGAGCUGUUGCGGGAGAAGAUGUUCGGCGGGAUUUCUGAUGCCUCGGAUUCGUGCUUUCUUGCUCUCGCCAGCCAUUUGGCCUGCUCUACUAGGCAACAAGUGGUCUUUCGCUCGCGGUCUCAGGAGGAGCUGGGAGACAGCCUCCGAGAGAUGCUCCUUAUGGUAAGUCGCUUUAUCAUUUUGAGUUUGCUCUAUUUUUGUUGUUUUCUAACUUUGUUGUUUGUUUCCCUCUGCCAAGCGCUGGGCAUUUAUAUGGAGAUCGACGCUCGGGAUCAAUCCCUUCAGAGCUCGAUGGACCUGCAGAUCGAUGAGACGCGGCGCGAGGAGAAUCUCGUGGCGACUGGUGACGCCUGCAGACACAUAGUUGCCCUCAAGAGCCAGCUUGACGACCUCACCCUUCGGCUGGCUGGGAUGCGGGAUAAGGCCGACAGGGCUUCCGAGCGGGCUUCUGUGGCAGAGUCUCGUCGUGAUGAGGCUUUGGCACAGUUGUCUUCUCUGGAGUAUGCCUGUCGAAAACGGAACGAGGCCAGAGCUCAAUGCGACGAGGCCUGGGCCCAAUGCGAAGUAGCUAAGGUUCAAUGGGAUGAAGCUCAGGCCCAUUGCGAGGUGGUGAUGGCUCAGAGAGAGGAGGCUGUGGCCCGAGUUGUCGUCCUUGAGCAGGAGCUCAGCAAGCACAUUGAGGACCUAAAAAGCAUGGUCUCGGUAGCGGAGAAGUCAUAGCUUCAACAACAGCAACUCCGCCAAGAGGUCACUGCUCUGGAGGAGAGGUGUUCUGCCCUGCUGAAGGACACGAGGCUUGCGGAGGGCAGGGUCCAGUUGGCCUGUGAGGAGCGCUUGCAGGAGUAUAGGGACUCUGCUGAACUGAAGGCCAAGAUGGAGCAGGCCUGUGAAGAGCGCCUACAGGAGUACAAGGACUCGUCUGAGCUGAAAGCCAAGAUCGAGCAGGCCUGUGAGGCGCGACUUGUGGAAUUCAAGGCUUCUGAUGCGAUGAAAGAAGAAUUAUACAACGCAGCCUUCUGUAUGUUCUCUUUCGGGUUCAAUCAAGGCCUGAAGGCAGCUAGGGAUGCCCCCUCCACCCUAUUGGUUCACCUUCGAGCUCCUGAAGUUGACUCUGAUGGCGAGGAGGUGCGCUACGGGGAGGAUGAUAACCCAUUGCCCAAAGGAGCUCCUCUCCCGCCGACUGGACUCCAAGGAGAGGGUGCUGGACUCCAAGGAGAGGAUAGUGUAAAUAAGCCUUUGAACGAUCUUGUUAGUUCGGGCUCAUCUUCUGUACCCUUGGAUAAAUAAAUAAAUAAAGAUAUUAUUUUUUCUUUUUUGCA